AUGCAGAGACUUGUGCUGCUAUUAACCAUUUCUGUUCUACUCUAUCAAGAUAUUCCAGUGAGAAGCGAAUUUGAGUGGGACAGAAUAUGUGGUUAUGGGACUGCCCGCUGCCGGAACAAAUGUCGAAGCCAAGAAUACAGAAUUGGAAGAUGUCCCAACACCUUUGCGUGCUGUUUGAGAAAAUGGGAUGAGAGCUUACUGAAUAGUACAAAACCCUGA